UGCGUUUUUUUUCCCUUUUCCCCCCGAAAAAGAGAAGAACAGAAUUUAAUGAAUAAACAUGUUGGGGCUUUAUCAGAGGAACUGCUUCGACUAAUCUUUAGUUUAUCGUUUCAGUCUUCACCUUCUUCUUAAAUACUGUCUAAAUGGGAGCACAUUACUGCGCCAUAUGUAGGCAAACAACAUUUAAAGGGAAGGGACACAUCUUCGGGAAACAUCACCAAAGCAGACUCAGAGUUGUUCUUCUAAAGUUCUUAGAAAAGGUGAAAGAAGCUCGCCGGACACUUAAGAAACCCCAAGUCGAGAAGUUCGACUGUACCCAACACAAGCAGAAGUUCUGGUGCUACUGCUGUGAUCUUGAAGUUGAAAGAAAUGUAACGGAUGGCAACAUGACUGUGCUGUACGGGGGCUUGUUAGAACACAUGGCCACCCAAGAACACAAGAAGAACACUCACAAGUUCUGGUGGGAAAAUAAGGCAGACCAGAAAUAUAGAGACAAGUUCAUCAUCGCAGAGGAGGAAACUGACAGGUUUAAAGCUGAGGUCGCAAACGCACUGGAGUCAUUUGUGGAAAACGAGGAUGAGUUCAUUAAACAGCAAGCUGAUCACAUCAGGACUCAGGAGAAGCAUCGUCAAGACGUCCUUCAGUCUCUUUUAGAGCGUGAUGCAGAGCCGGAGUUCUUCAAUGGAUCCAACGGUGCAGACACGUCUGCAGAGGUCGCUGUCAGCUCUCAUUCCACAUCUCAAGGAUCCAACCAGCAGGCGGGUAGCGGCUCUAUCAAGUCAAUGGUUGAAGUACGACGGGCUGCAGCAGGACUGGGUCUGACUUACAUUGGUUGUCAGGAUUCCUCAAACAUUGGAAAUGUUCAUACAGGCGCUGUCCCUCCUUGGCUCCAGGAUGAUCCUCUGGAGGGAACCUCGGGAGCUGCAGCUCAUUCAGAGAUCGGCCCAUCGCUCCAAGAGUUCCUCAAACAGAAGGAGCAAGAGAAGCUGAAGAAGCUUCCUCCAAACAGAGUGGGGGCAAACUUUGAUCACAGCUCGCAGACAGAUGCCAACUGGCUCCCCUCCUUUGGCAGAGUGUGGAACAGUGGCAGGCGCUGGCAAUCCAGGCACCAAUUCAGACAAGAGGAGGGACAGAAGAAGAGGCAGAAGAAGAAGGAGCAUAGCACAGAGGCGUCAAAAAAAGCAAAAUCUGCAGAUCCAGUGGCAAAUUUUGACACUUAACAUUCAGUAUGAUGUGUGAGAAUUCACAAGUUUGUGUAUGUAUAUAGAUUUCCAGAUGUAGACUAAUUUAAUUUUUAUACAAAGCUUCUCAAGAGCUGUCAUCGGUUAAAAGCUCAGGCUGACUAAUCAUGUUAGCAAAGCUUUUAUGUGUUUAAGUCAGCGUUUGUGUUAAGCUUCUUUUUUUUUUAAAGCAAUUUUGGAGAGUUUGCAUUAAAGGUAAGAUUUAUGACAA